ACACAACUACCAAAAGCGAAGACGAAAAAGAAAGAAUAAGGAGCGAAGAAGAGACGGGACCGCAAGACAGACGUGUUUUCAGCAGAACAAUGUCGAAAAGGAAAGUCAGGUUUGAGGACGGGAGCGAGGAACUUGACUUGGAAGAAGAUCCCCCCAAUAAAAAGAGCUGUGAGGUUGUCAGUGGACCGGGCUCCAGAUUCAAGGGUAAACACUCGCUUGAUAGUGAUGAAGAGGACGAAGGUGAAGGCACAAACAGUAGCAAAUAUGAUAUUCUGGACAGCGAUGAUGUGGAAGGGCAAGAAGGAGCAACUAUCGACUAUGAUGAGGGAGUUUCUAUUACACCCUUCAACCUGAAAGAGGAGAUGGAAGAGGGACACUUUGACUCAGAGGGAAACUAUUUCAUCAAAAAGGAACAACAGAUUAGAGACAAUUGGCUCGACAACAUUGACUGGGUGAAAGUAAAAGAACAGCCCAUUAAGAAAAAAAAAAAAGGUCUUGCUGCAAAAAGGACACGCAGAACUGGUGAUGAGGAUGAGGCUGAGGAAGAGAAAAAGAGAGAAGAGCAGCAGGCAGAUGAGGAAAUGGAGGAAGAGGAGGAAGAAGCAGAGCCUGCUGAGGACCCACUUGCUUCUUACACUCAGCACCAACUCACAGAAGCUGUGGUUGAGCUGAUGCUUCCUGGAGAAACGGUUGCUGCAGCACUCCGGCGGCUGGGAGGUCUUGGAGGGCGGAAGAAGGGAAAGCUGAGGGAAGGGAGUGAGCCGACAGAGAAGGCCAAAAGGGACACGGAAAAGCUUGAUAGGCUCACAGCACUAGCCGACAGACUGGUUGGAUCUGGGAUGUUUGAAAUCUAUCAGCAAACCUAUGAAAAACUGGCCUAUUUGAUGAAGAGCAUGACCAGCAAGAGACGAGCUGUGGAGCAGAAAUCCAGCAACGGUGCUGGCGAUGAUGGUGAUGAUGGCAAAGAUGACGGAGAAGAAGAUGAACUUGAUAUGUUUGCAGAUAAAUUUGACGAGACACAUGGGAAGAAUAAUGAGGAUGAAGGAGACGAAAGAGUGACUGAUGGGGUCAUGUGGGAGUACAGAUGGGAAAAUAAGGAUGGUUCAGAAAUCUAUGGCCCCUUCACCAGCGAGCAGAUGCAGAAUUGGGUGGACGAGGGCUAUUUCAGCAGCGGUGUUUACUGCAGGAGGGUGGACCAGGAGGGAUCUCAGUUCUAUAACUCCAAGAGACUAGACUUUGAGCUCUACACGUGAAUCAUGUCCAGCAACAAAUGAUCAAAACUGUCACGUUCAUAAUAUCAACCGUUUGAAUGUUCACUCUUCACUGUCAGACCUAUUGUUUUAACAUGGGCUUCAAUACUUUGUUUUUAAAUAAAUAAGUCAUGUAUAUCA